ACCGUCUACCGCUUCGACUCGUCUCCAAAUCUGCAGACGAGGUCAUAAAUUCUUCGCUCAGUUGAGGUCUUGUUGCCGGUGCCCGCUGUAUCACACGGACUAUUCUCACAAUGGCCAACGUUGACAUCCAGCCUGGCGCAAACCCGCCCUACGACAGUAAAAUGCGAGGGGACCAACGCUACGAAUCUGAGGAAUCGCCACAAGAGCACAUGUCUAUUGGCAGAUAUGCAGCCACUCGAUUCACCACCCUGAAGCCACCGAUGGCCAAGGCCCCGAAUCCUUUCAAGCUCCUGGCGAUGCUCAACACUCAGCAGUGGCUAUUUUUCUUGGUGGCCUUUUUCGCCUGGUCGUGGGAUGCGUUUGACUUCUUCACCGUCUCUUUGACAGUAUCAGAUCUUGCCGAAACCUUUGAUAAAUCCAACCUUGACAUCACCUGGGGCAUUACUUUGGUCCUGAUGUUCCGGUCCCUCGGGUCGGCCAUUUUUGGUAUCGCCGCCGAUCGAUAUGGCCGCAAAUGGCCAUUCAUAAUCAACAAUGUUCUGUUUGUCGCCCUGGAGCUCGGUACUGGCUUCACCCAGACGUAUGGCCAGUUUUUGGCGGUCCGGGCCUUGUUUGGCAUAGCAAUGGGGGGUCUGUACGGAAAUGCCGCAGCUACAGCACUGGAGGAUUGUCCUGACGCUGCUCGUGGUAUCAUUUCUGGCAUGCUGCAGCAGGGCUACGCGUUCGGCUACCUCCUCGCCGCAGCCUUCGCCCGCGCACUUGUAAACACCACUUCCCACGGCUGGAGGCCCCUCUUUUGGUUCGGUGCAUGUCCGCCCAUCCUCAUAAUCCUUUUCCGUUUGUGUCUGCCUGAAACCAACACAUUCCGCGCUCGCCAAGCGAUCCGCCACCAGCAGGGUAGCCUCGCUGGCACUUUUAUAUCCGAAGGUCGAGUCGCCCUCAAACGCCACUGGCUGCUACUUGUCUACCUGGUCCUUCUCAUGAGCGGGAUGAACUUCUCGAGCCACGGCAGUCAAGAUCUCUACCCGACCAUGCUCGGAAAUCAAUUCAAAUUCUCCGCGGAUGCCACGACGGUCACCAUGGUUGUCGCCAAUCUCGGAGCCAUGACCGGUGGCACUGUGGUGGGAUACUGUUCGCAGAUAUUUGGCCGACGACUCAGCAUCAUCGUCGUCUGCGUCGUUGGAGGUGCGCUCUUGUAUCCAUACACGUUCACGUCGUCGAAAGCGAUCAUGGCUGCCGCAUUCUUCGAGCAGUUCUGCGUCCAGGGUGCGUGGGGUGUGAUCCCAAUUCACCUGAUGGAAUUGUCGCCCGGAUCCUUGCGCACCUUCGUCGUGGGAACUUCGUAUCAGCUUGGCAAUCUUGCCUCGUCGGCGUCAUCGACGAUCGAGUCGACGAUCGGCGAACGUUUCCCUCUUGACCCGAUCAUUAAGGACGGCAAGACGAUCAAGCGAUACAACUACGGGAAGGUCAUUUGCAUAUUCAUGGGCUGCGUGUAUGCCUAUCUGAUCAUCAUCACUUUCGUGGGGCCCGAGAAGAGAGGGCGCAAUCUGAAUGUCGAGCACGAUGCGGACAUGGCGGAAGUGACUCACCGGGAUCUCCGCCACCAACAGGCUUCUGACGUGGCCCAUGGAGAAUCAAGUGAGAAUGAACAUGACGAGAAGGCCGUCAAGCAGCAAGAGGUUGCUUGAAAAGGACCAAUUUAUGUGUGUGUGGGAGAGAGAGAGAUGAAAGUCGGGGGUCCAACGGAUCCGUGUGAAAUGGGGUAUGAUGUGUAGGUCGCGGAAUUCAUCGUGCGGCUAGCCGAGGGACCGGACGGAUUGUUCGAAAUACAUUGGCGCCCUUGCAUGAUGAAGGGGAGGGCUACCAGAUUGAAUGGAAGGUGGAAACGAGAAGACCCUCCGACCAGAUGUGGCAGAUCUUUUUUCAUAACCUUGACCGAGGUUUGGUCUGAGGGAUGAGAGAGUCUGUCCUCAAGUGUCCG